UCUUUUUGUACAUAAUUUUAAUGCUGCAUACAGGUGUUUUUCGUCUUGGCACCGAGCAAAUAUAGCUUAUUAGCGAAUCCUGCCUUAGCAUCAUCCAAACAUCUUUUUUCCAGCAAGCCAUGCCCGCAGCAUUGCGAAAAAUACUGGUUCCUACAGAGGUCCAAUUACUGAAAGCUUGACUGUUGGUCGAAAAACAAAAAUACAGACAGCGUGAACAUUUUGGGGUAACAAGUAUGUUACUAUGUCUACCACGCAUCUGUAAUGGUCCUGACAUGAAUCAUUGUUUAGAGAUUUCAUCUUGUGGAGUCAAUACCUGAAAGUAUGAUUUACCCUGCAGUGUCAAAUUUCCCUUCAACAACUGAAAUAUGGAAGCGAUUAAUCAGUUCCGCUGAAAAAUCGAUUGACAUUGCAUCAUUUUACUGGAGUUUACUUCCAGAAAAUACUGGUUCCUACAGGGGUCCAUCAACACAAGACGGUAUUGAUAUAUAUAAUGCGUUGAUUGGAGCGGCAAAAAAAGGCAUUAAAUUGCGUAUUGUUCAAAAUGCACAAAAUAACAAUGAAACCAGAACAUUGAAAAAUGAGGGACUGGCUGAAGUACGCAGCUUAAAUUUUUCGAAUUGGUUUGCUGGUGGAGUAUUACAUACGAAGUUUUGGGUAGUUGAUGCGAAACACUUUUAUUUGGGCUCAGCCAACCUUGAUUGGAGGGCUUUAACACAGGUGAAAGAACUUGGUGUCGCCAUAUUCAAUUGUGAAUGUUUAGCAGAAGAUUUAAUGAAAGUGAUGAAUGUUUAUUGGGAAAUGGGUGCACCGGGUAAGAAGUUACCAUCUUCAUGGUCGAAAGAACUAGCGACUGCUUAUAAUGCCUGGAAUCCGAUAGUAGCUACACUUAACGGUGAAAAGACUGGUGUUUAUAUUUCGUCUGCACCCCCAGCUUUCUGUCCCAAAGGUCGUAUGAAUGAUCUCAGUGCAAUCUUGCAAGUUAUCAAUACUGCUCGAAAAUUUAUACAUAUAUCCGUGAUGGAUUACUUUCCAGCUACCCUAUAUUUAGCAAAUAAUAGGUACUGGCCUGUUAUCGAUGAUGCUUUGCGAAAAGCCGCAUAUAAUGGUAUCGAGGUGAAACUAUUAAUAAGUAAAUGGAAAACUACGCGACCGACAUUAUUUGCCUUUCUGAAGUCAUUAGCAGUCAUAAACUCAACUUUACCGUGCAAGCGAACGUACGAUACAAAAAAAGGAAGGUUUAUUUGUAUACCAGAUACAACGGGUUCUAUUGAAGUGCGUAUAUUCAUAGUACCAACGAUAGGCGAUCAGAAAAAUAUUCCGUAUGCUCGUGUUAAUCAUGCGAAAUAUAUGGUUACGGAUAACAGUGCGCUAAUUGGUACAUCGAAUUGGUCAGCUGAUUACUUUAUCAAUACUGCAGGCGCUAGUAUAGUGAUACAACGGCAUAACAAGGCAUUAAAUUCGGAAAUAGUUCAUGAUUUGAACGAAAAAAUCUUCAUGCGAGAUUGGAAUUCAAGCUAUGCAUCUCCUCUUUCAGAGUUUGAUGAUGAAGGUCAUCGGAUAGGAAAUAAUACCGUGGUUUCUGAGGUCUAGCUCACCAAUCGACAUUAGUUCGAAUUUAAAAGAAAUUUCCCAAAUUUAACUUUCACAUUGUUUUUUAAGAAUUUAAACUUAAUUUUUGCUAUUUGCGUCACUGUUUGUGUUGAUUGAACAAUGAUGUGUCAUGAAGAAUGUUAACUGAGUAAAUUGAGUAGUAUCUUGAGUAACUGUCAUUUUCAAUUUAAAUAAAAGUUAAAUAAAAGUGUGUUCAAGUUAAAUAAAAUGGUGUACACCUAAAG